AUGCUGCUUGAACUCUUCACGAGCGGGCUCGUCUGGACGCUCAUUGCGAUCGUCGGCGUCUUAUACCACUUGACCACAAAACAGCGACCAAUCUUUCCCAUUGUGAACGAUUAUCCCGGUGACUUCUUUCGCCGAAAAGCAUAUCGCGAGUACAGCACGAAUGCCAAAAAGCUGAUCGCCGACGGUCUGGCUCAACAUGGCGGUCCUAUCACGGUCAUUGUUCCCGGUGGUACGAAAAUCGUGUUGCCUUCUGCCCUGAGCGAUUGGGUCAAGACAAACAGAGAUCUGGAUCACCAAGAAUUGAUCAGGGAGGAAUACUUUGCCCGAUACCCUGGAUUCGAGGCCCAGUUCACCCUCCACAGCUCGGACAGAAUGUUGAUUGAUCUGCUACGGACCAAAUUAUCCCAAAAUGCAGUACUGUUGCCGACCAUCAACCAGCAUAUUGCACCAGCUCUUCAGCACCACUGGGGUGACAGCGAAGUCUGGCAUACCAUCCACUGGGAUGACGAUACGACUGGUAUAGUUUCGCGGGCGGCAGCCUCUGUUUUCGUGGGUCCCGAAAAGGCCGCGGAUGCCGAGUGGCAGACGGUCGUGCAAGCGUAUGUGCGCGAAUAUUUCGCUGCAGUGGGUGAUCUGCACACAUGGAGGGCACCGUUGAGGCCGAUUGUGCAAUGGGUUCUGCCUCAUUCCUCGGCCUGUCGAGACCUGAUUCGCCGAGCUCGCAGUAUCAUGCAUGAGGUGGUUCAGAAGAGAGAACAAGAAGCCAAAGAGGCAGAGAUGCAAGACUCAGAAGCACCUCGAUACAAUGAUGUUGUGGCCUGGACGAUGCAGGUCCCCGGUAACAAGCAUCCCGCUGGGGAUGUUCAGCUCGCUUUGGCCAUGGCUGCGCUGUUUACAACCACCGAGUUGUUCAAGCAGAUUCUCAUUGACAUUGCCACACAUCCUGAGCUUGUGGAACCUCUGCGACGAGAUAUUCAAACUUCGCUGUCAAAUCACGGCCUUGGGCUAGUUGCGUUGGUCAAAAUGGAGUUGCUUGAUAGUGUGAUGAAAGAGUCACAGAGGCUGGUUCCUCCCACAGUGGGUUUGGAGCGCAAGGUGAUUCGCGAUACGUCUCUUCCGGAUGGGACGAGAUUGCCCAGGGGAACUCGCAUCAUGGUCGACGCAAGCGACAUGUGGAAUCCAAACGUCCAUGAGAAUCCAAAUGUAUACGACGGAUACCGCUUCUUGAAGCUACGUCACGCGGGGAACAAAGCAAGCCAGUUCGUGCAAUCGAGUCGGGAGCAUAAUGUGUUUGGGGGUGGUAGACACAUUUGUCCUGGUCGGUUUUUUGCCAGUGAUGAGUUGAAGUUGUGCUUGGCUCACAUCCUGUUGAAAUAUGACCUUCGGUUGAAGGAUGGUUCUUCUUCAAAGCCCGUCCAUUUUGGGGUUUUUGUGAGCGUUGACCCUAUGGCUCAAUUGGAGGUGCGGCGGCGAGCAGAACCCGUGGAUUGUAUGAUUUGA